AAGAACCUACACACUGCUUCCUCCACAGCUUCAGAGCUAGAGGUGGUGGGGGUGGCAACUCUCUCCUGGUGAUUACGGCAACAGCAAAGCAAGCAUCAUGGACGUAGGAAAAGGGAUGCAGAAUGUAAUGGUGGUGACCCUGCUUGUUAUUUGUCAGGUCUGCCUUUGCUAUGAUGGAGUCACCGAUGACUACAGUGAUGAAAACACCACGGUGGACUACAGCCAGUUUGAAUCCCUCUGCUACAAAAAAGAUGUCCGGGAUUUCAAAGCCUGGUUUCUGCCCACCAUGUACUCAGUCAUCUGCUUUGUGGGACUGCUGGGCAAUGGGCUGGUCAUGCUGACCUAUAUAUAUUUUAAGAGGCUCAAAACCAUGACUGACAUCUACCUGUUGAACUUGGCCCUCGCUGACAUCCUUUUCCUCUUGACACUGCCCUUCUGGGCAGUCAGCGCUGCCAAGUCCUGGAUCUUUGGCCCUAUCCUCUGCAAAAUUGUCUAUUGUACAUACAAAAUGAGUUUCUUCAGUGGCAUGCUCCUGUUGCUAUGCAUUAGCGUUGACCGCUAUUUCGCCAUCGUCCAGGCUGUCUCAGCCCACCGCCACAGGACCCGCAUCAUCCUCAUCAGCCAGAUCUCCUGCGGUGUGGUCUGGAUGCUGGCCUUCCUCUUUUCCACCCCAGAGCUGAUCUACAGCAAUGUCCUGAAGAAUGGGCGUUGUUCACUGGUGACCGAAGACCUGGUGACCUUCACGACCAUCAUCCAGGUGUCUCAGAUGGUGAUAGGUUUCUUAAUCCCACUGCUGGUCAUGUUCUCUUGCUACCUCAUCAUCAUCCGUACGCUGCUGCAGGCCCGCAACUUUGAGCGCAACAAGGCUAUCAAAGUCAUCAUUGCCGUGGUCAUUGUCUUCAUCGUCUUCCAGCUGCCCUAUAAUGGUGUGGUCCUGGCCAAGACUGUGGCGGCCCUCAACAAAACUUCUACUGACUGUGAACACAGCAAGCAACUGGACAUAGCCAGCGACAUCACCUACAGCCUCGCAUGCUUGCGCUGCUGUCUCAACCCUUUCCUCUACGCCUUCAUCGGUGUCAAGUUCCGCCAAGAUCUCUUCAAGCUUCUCAAGACCCUCGGCUGCCUUAGCCAAGAGCGCCUUCUGCACUUGUCUUCGUGCCGACAGAAUCGACGCUUCUCCAUGAGUAUGGAGGCAGAGACCACCACCACCUUCUCCCCUUAGAGAAUCAUCUCCCCGAUUCAAACCUAUCCCCAAGGACCCCAUUGCCCUCUUGUCCCAAGUGGCUACAGCUGCUUAGACAGUUAAGACCAAGAAUUUCAAAGCUGCUAGGGUUGGAAAAGGGUCUCUCUUUCUCUCUCUCUCUCUCUCUCUCUCUCUCUCUCUCUCUCUCUC